GUAACAUCUGCUGUUGUCAGAAAACACGGACGCAUGUGGUUCAGCUGCACUGAUAAAACAUUUCAACGUAUCAAGAGACUUGUAGCUGCUGUCGAGCUGUCCACCACAAACUUUCUGCUUCCGACAGACACAGUCAAUCUCUACUUCUUUCUUCUCUCAAGCUGGCGAAGGCACCUGAAGCUCACCCUUUAUAAUGUCUCAGGCCACCAAACGCAAACACGUUGUCAAGGAGGUUCUUGGAGACUUUGUCACGCCCACAGAAAACCAGCAGAUUGUGAAGGUUAUUGGUAGCCGUGGUAACAACCUCCAUGAAACUGUCACGGCUCAGGGUGAGACCUUCCUGGUGAGCAUGCCCACCAAAUUCCGCAAGAACAUCUGGAUCAAGAGAGGUGACUAUGUGAUUGUGGAUCCUAUCGAGGAAGGAGAGAAGGUGAAGGCAGAGAUCAGCUUCAUUCUCUACAAAGAUCACAUUCAGUACCUGCAGAAACAGCAGCUCUGGCCAGAGGGGUUUAUGGAGGAGCCGUCAGCGCAGGACAAGACAAACAAACAGCAGGAGACAGAAGAAAAGGAUGAGGAAGAGGAAGUUAUCGACUCUGAAGACGAUGAGAGCGACCUCUUUGUGAACACCAACCGCCGUAACUACCAGUACAGUGAGAGCGAGGAGGACGACGACAGUGAGGAAGAAAAUGAGGACAAAUAGGGAAGGACAGAAAAUGGUUCAUAGCUGGAGCACGGAGGAAACGGACAACUGAGAGUGAGAGUUGUGAAAUCAUGUGACAGUGUGCUCUGCUGUGCUGCUGUUAUCACUGACUGAUGUGAGGUGGUCCUCAUGCUACAGCUCCUUCUGCAGUUGUCCUUUCACAAGCUGUUGGAGACACUAUAAAUGGCUGGCCUCACUGAGUGGACUUGAACUUACAAAGUAAGGACAAAAUACGUCUGGCUUUGGGGCUUUUUUUUGUUUUGUUUUUUUAAAGCUGUAAUUAUUCAGUAAGUUGAAAUUGAUCAGAAAUUGAAUAAGAAUCCUGUGAUUUUCUAUGUUAGAAAUUUGGUAGGAUAAGUUUCUAUUGUCAUCUUACUGAGAACAUGUCUCACACUCAAGCAUGUUUAUAUACCGACCUCCAGCAAAGUCAUUACUGUGUUGCCAGUAAAUAAUAUACCUGGGCAAUACAAUACAUUCGCAGGGUGAUGCUAAUGUAAACUGUUAUAUCUAUCUAUCUGUUCAUCUUCCUCUGUAGGACAAAAUAAAUCUGUUAGAAACUCACAAACCACUCAAAAAAUUCAUUGUUGUCACUGUUAAAAAAAAAAAAAAAAACCA